UUGGAGUCCGGGCAUGGCCCGGAGCCGACUGGCUCUGUUGCUGCCCCCUCUUGUACUCCUAGGUCUGGUGUCGCCUACUCAGAUCAACCCGGACUACCAGUACUUUGGCCAGCAGGGUACCGGUGACACCUGGGAGCUGCUGAGGUUGCAGCGACAAAAGGUAGUGGAACACUCAGUCCUAGGCCCGUGGGGAAAGUGGCGUUGCUUCUGCAAUCUGGGCAAACAGGAACGCAGUCGUCAGGUGGUGGGCACAGCACCAGUCCCUGUGUUCAUGGACCGAGAGAACCUGGUACAGUUGAGGCCGUGUCGGCAGCAGGAUUGUUCAUUCUGCAGCCCGAUGGACUGCGACUGGAGGGCCUGA